CAAACUGCUGCAGACUGUUUUCGUCCGGCGUUUAGGUUAUCUUUAUUCAAGCUUAAUUUUUAUACAAAUUUAGCAAGCGAUUACACAAACAUGACAGAAGAUUAUUUUAAGUAUGACCUUAAAGAUGUAAAAGUGGAUAUCAAACGAGCAAUUUUUGAAUGCUCACAGAGGGGUCUUUACCAUAGUACAAAGUGGCUGGCAGAACUAAAUUAUUCACUGAGCUCUGUGGAACUGGAGCCUGCUGACAUUGCCAGAUGUCAACAGCCUUUGGAAACUGAUAAUGAAGCAGAUAGUUAUUCAUUAGCUCAAAGUUACUUUAAUCUGAAGGAGUAUGAUAGGUGUGCGUAUUUCACGGAGAGCUGCGUGUCGCAGCGCGCCAGGUUCCUGCACCGCUACGCGCGCUACCUCUCCGCGGAGAAGAAGCGGGUGGAGGGGCGCGCGGACGCGGCCUCGCCGCCCGACCCGGCCGCGCGCGCGGAGCUCCGGGCGCUGUCCUCGGAGCUGCGGGGGGACCGCGCGGCCGGCACGCUGGACGGCUUCGGCCUGUACCUGCACGGCGUCGUGCUCAAGAGGCUGGACCUGCCCGGGGAGGCGUGCGACGCGCUGGUGGAGGCCGCGUGCCGGGAGCCCGCGCACUGGGGCGCGUGGCUGGAGCUCACCUCCCUCGUCACCGACCGGGCUAAGCUCAACUCCCUCACACUUCCGAACACGUGGGUGAAGCAUUUCUUCAUGGCACACACCUACCUCGAUCUCCAGUUGAACGACGAAGCACUGGAAAUAUACUGGCACCUCCAGAACAAGGGCUUUAAGAAAAGCACGUACGUCCUGGCCCAGAUUGCAAUCGCUUACCACAACAAGAGAGAGGUGGAGCUGGCGAUAUCGUCCUUCUCCAGGCUGCAGAAGCUGGACCCGUACCGCCUGGACAACCUGGACACAUACUCCAACCUGCUGUACGUGCGCGAGCUGCGGCUGGAGCUGGCGCACCUGGCGCACCACGUGUCCCAGAUCGACAAGUACCGCGUGGAGACCUGCUGCGUCAUAGGUAACUACUACAGUCUACGAACGGAGCAUCAGAAAGCAGUGCUGUAUUUCCAGCGAGCCCUGAAGUUGAACCCCCAGUAUACUUCCGCAUGGACACUGAUGGGCCAUGAGUACAUGGAAAUGAAGAACACUAAUGCGGCCAUCUUGAGCUACAGGCAGGCAAUAGAGGUAAGCCGCCGCGACUACCGGGCCUGGUACGGGCUCGGCCAGACGUACGAGAUCCUGAAGAUGUACUUCUACUGCCUGUACUACUACAAGCAGGCCCAGUUCCUGCGGCCCAACGACAGCCGCAUGCUCAUCGCGCUGGGCGAGACCUACGAGAAGCUGGAGAAGAAGGAGGACGCCAUCAAGUGCUACUACAAAGCCUACAGCGUGGGCGACAGCGAGCUCACUUCCACGCUGAAGUUGGCAAAGCUCUACGAUAAGCUAGAAGAAAGUUCAAACGCCAAAAGAGCUUACCUGAAGUACGUGACGGAGAGCGAAAAGAACGCCAUUGCCGACAAGAGUGAGCUAAGCCAAGCGUACAAGUAUCUUGCAAACGCGUACCUGAAAACUGAAGACUUGGAUGAAGCAUAUCAGUUUGCUCAGAAGUGCUUAGAAUAUGAAGAGACGAAAGAAGAAGGAAAAGCGUUGUUGAAAGCGAUCGCUCAGAAGAGAAAUCAGCAGGAGGAAAUAGCAAUGCAGGUGGAAGAAUAUCUUUCCUCCAGUAGAAUGAGAACCAGAGCACAUGAUGGAACCUCUGGCAACCAGAUAGCGCCAAUAAACUUGAGUUUUAUGUAAAAUGCAUUAAGUUCCCUCUGAAAUAAUAUUUUUGUAAAAAAGUUUAUUUUAAUUUUUGUAUUCGAGCUGAGAAUUUGUACUUGAAAGUGAGGUGAUAGCUUAAAGUAUUCAACAGUUUACAAAAUGUAAUGCUUAGUAUUUUUAUGUUUAUGUACAUACUAUUGAUGUAAUUCUCUUUUUUAUAUUGUACGAGAUGUGAUAAUUUAUAUAAUAAGAGGUUUGUUGAUAUAGUUUUAUAAUCUGUUCUCAUUUAAAUAAAUCCUUUGAGUGACAUA